CAGAAAAUGAACAAAAUGUCAAACACAAACCGCAAGUUGACUCUUAGGUUCACGCCCACUGACAUCCGGUCCACAAAGGCAGCCAAUGGCGUGAGGGCAGCAAAUUUAAAAAGGAGCCGCCUUCGUUUGUUUGUGUUACAACUCUUUUCCGUCUGUGAGGAAGACGCUCAUAAAAAUCCAGUAAACGCAGAUACAAUGGCUCACAUGAUUACAGGGCGUGAAAAUGAUGGUCUGAGAAUGUCUCAUCUUGGCUUCAAACCAGAUAAAUCCCUGAAGACUCCGGCCAAGAUCAUGAAAACUCCUCUGGCUCCCGGUCGCAAGGCCUUUGGCGUUGUCAAUACACAGUUUUCCACCCCUGUUGUCAAAGUGCAGGAGAAGAAACCUGUGAAGAUUCAGGAAGCCAAAGUCAAACCUCUUCCGCAGAAGAAAGAGUAUCCAGAAAUUGAGAAAAUGAUUCCCUAUGAUCCUUUGGACUUUGAGAAGUACAGUAUCCCAGAAGAUGUGAUUGCUCUCGGUGGAAUUCCUCUGGCUGGUCUGAUGUGGCUCCCAGAAGGUCCUCUUCCCUCUGAGGAAGUUUCAUACCUGGCACCGCUGUCACCUGUAAAGAUGCCAGAACGCUCAGGCUGUGCAGAGCUGGAUUCCUUCCUGCAAACACUUGAAGAGCUGACUGUUGACUUUCCACCAGAACCUGAUUGUGACUGAAUAAUACCGUAUAUAAAAUCAUGUUUUUGUCUUGUUCAUGUUCAGCUUUACUGGAGUAUUUUUUUUAUAGUUUUAAGCACACCUACUUGCACUGUAUAUCACUUGUUCAAUAAAACUCUUAACAUAC